UCAAGUUAAAAGUGCUGUCCUGACAACUUCGUUCUCUUUAUUUCCUAAGCCGGCUUGGAGUCGGUUGGCUGACACAGACCUGGAGUGAAGGGGACUGAACCAAACCAAACCGGGCCUGGUGCCUCCUAGAGGCAAGGUUUGUGACUGCGCUACCCAUCUCCCUGGCAAGCCAUGGCCAACACCACCGACUCCGUGGCGGCUGCCCAGGAUGACCGCCCGGCCAAGACGGUACCCAACGGAACCCCCACUUCAUCUGACCAGUCUUCUGAAGACUCCAUGAAGCUGAAGAAGGAAAUCUCCCUGAUCAACGGGAUCAGCUUGAUUGUGGGCAACAUGAUUGGCUCGGGCAUCUUCGUCUCCCCCAAGGGGGUCCUGAUGCACAGCGCAUCUUACGGCCUCUCCCUCAUUGUCUGGGCCUUGGGGGGACUUUUUUCCGUCUUUGGGGCUCUCUGCUAUGCCGAACUGGGCACCACCAUAAAAAAAUCUGGGGCCAGCUAUGCCUACAUUCUGGAGGCCUUCGGGGAGCUGCCGGCUUUCAUCCGGCUCUGGACAUCCCUUCUUAUUAUCGAACCUACCAGCCAAGCGGUUAUUGCCAUCACCUUUGCCAACUACCUGGUGCAACCUUUCUUCCCUUCCUGUGAGGCCCCUUACCUGGCCAGCCGGCUCUUUGCAGCUGCCUGCAUCUGCUUGCUCACUUUUGUGAACUGUGCCUAUGUGAAAUGGGGGACUCGAGUUCAGGAUCUGUCCACCUAUGCCAAGGUGCUUGCUCUCAUUGCUGUCAUCAUUGCUGGCAUCAUCCGAAUUGGACAAGGACAUUCUGAGAACUUUGCAGACUCUUUCGAAGGCUCCUCUUGGAAUGUCGGGGACAUUGCAUUGGCACUCUACUCGGCGCUUUUCUCUUACUCCGGAUGGGACACCCUCAACUUCGUCACAGAAGAAAUUAAAAACCCUGAAAGAAACCUGCCCCUCUCCAUUGGCAUCUCCAUGCCCAUCGUCACCGUGAUCUACAUCAUGACCAACGUGGCCUAUUACACCGUUUUGAGCAAAAUGGAGAUACUGGCAAGCGAUGCCGUGGCAGUGACUUUUGGCAAUCAGGUUUUUGGAGUUAUGCAAUGGGUCAUCCCGCUUGCUGUCGCCUUGUCCUGUUUAGGAGGUCUUAAUGCCUCUAUCUUAGCAGCUUCCAGGUUGUUUUUUGUCGGCUCCCGGGAGGGGCACCUGCCAGAUGCCAUCUGCAUGAUUCAUGUCUGGAGAUUCACUCCCGUGCCAGCCUUGCUCUUUAAUGGUGCCAUGUCUCUGGUCUAUUUGUGUGUAGAAGACAUCUUCCAGCUGAUCAACUAUUACAGCUUUAGCUACUGGUUCUUUGUGGGGCUGUCGAUCGCAGGGCAACUCUACCUGCGCUGGAAGGAACCGUCCAAAGAACGACCCCUCAAGCUUAGCAUCGUCUUCCCCAUUAUCUUCUGCUUUUGCACCAUCUUCCUGGUAGCAGUCCCCCUCUACACUGACAUCAUCAACUCUCUCAUUGGCAUUGCAAUUGCGGUUUCUGGCCUCCCUGUCUAUUACCUGGUGGUGCGAGUACCUGAAGAAAAAAGACCACAGUGCCUACGUCGGGUUGCGGCCGCUGUGACACGUUUCAUUCAGAUUGUGUCCUUGUCUGUCUUGACGGAGAUGGAUCCCGACAAUGAUGUAAAGUCUCAGUGACGGAGACAGAAUUAUCAGGGAGACUGGCUUCUCCCUUCUCCUCAUGCAAUGGACUCUUCUGAGAACUCUUAAUUUAUUGUUUCUGACUUUGUUGUUGGAAACCAGGGUGACAGCUGCUGCAGCAUCUUUAGGACUUUUUGAAAAUACUUUCCACUCUCUCUUUGGUGCACAAGAACCCACAUCAGCAGGAGCCCCAAUAAACCAUGACCACUCCAUAGAUUUUCCCAGGGAUGAAAAAUAUAGUCUUCAGCAAUGGUUCAUGGCUGCCAUUACUGGACUAUGCUUGUUUACAAAUGGAUGAUUACUGCUUCCAGCAGGGGCCUUCCAAAAAACAAAAAUCCAGAAACAGAAGUCAAGAGAGAUUGCAAGUGGUAUUAGGGGAACACAGCCAAUAAAGCAUCAUUUUUUUGUUAAAUUCUUUCCUUGUCUGUUGAAUUAUGGCCUUUCAAUGAAAAUGAGCUACACAGAG